CGAAUUUUACCUCGGUCACUUUAUAGAGCGGACACCAUGGUAGGCUAGGUUAGUCUACGGAACGACGAACACUUGAUAGCAAGCAAUCAAAUGAUAGCAAGCAAAAAAGAAUGAAAUAAAGAAAAGCGAAUUAUAGUCAUUGUUUUGAAACCCGGAGGCCGAAGAAUUGUGGAUUACCGGUAAACGCGCGAGGUCGUCUGGUCGAACCGGAGCGAUGUCUGUCGCGGGGCUGAAAAAGCAGUUCCACAAAGCCACUCAGAAAGUCAGUGAGAAGGUUGGAGGAGCAGAAGGAACCAAACUUGACGAUGACUUCCUACUGAUGGAAAAGAAGGUGGACACCACCAGUAGAGCAGUGCUGGACAUCAUGACCAAAACUACAGAAUACCUACAGCCCAACCCAGCAUCCAGGGCCAAGCUGAGUCUGAUAGGGACCAUGUCUAAGAUCAGAGGCCAGGAGAAGGGGCCGGGUUACCCCCAGGCUGAGACUGUACUGGGUGAGACCAUGCAGCGCUUCGGACGAGAGCUGGGAGAGGAGUCAUGCUUUGGUCUGGCUCUCCUAGAUGCUGGGGAGGCCAUGGGUGAGCUGGGGGCGGUGAAGGAUGCCUUGGAUAUGGAGGUCAAACAGAACUUUAUUGAUCCGCUACAGAACCUACAGGAAAAAGACAUCAAAGAAAUACAGCACCACCUAAAGAAGAUGCAGGGACGCCGCCUGGACUUUGACUACAAGAAGAAACGUCACGGUAAAGGAGUUCUGGAGGAGGAAAUCACACAGGCGCUGGAGAAAUUUGAUGAGUCCAAAGAGGUGGCAGAGCAGAGCAUGUUCAACCUGCUGGAGAGUGAUAUUGAGCAGGUGAGUCAGCUAGCAGCGUUGGUCCAGGCCCAGGUGGAGUAUCACAGACAAGCUACAGAAAUAUUACAGCAGCUCUCCAGCAAGCUGCACGAGAGGAUCCGGGAGGCGCAGGAUAAACCCAGGAAGGAGUAUGUUCCUAAACCCAGGAUGGUCCUAGAGCUGCUCCCCCCCAGCGAUAGCCACAAUGGGGGGCUCAACACCACCAAGUCCCCUGGGCCAGCCUCGUCCCCAGGCCCCGCGCGCACCCCCGCUCCUAUGGACCAACCGUGCUGCCGGGCGUUGUACGACUUUGUGCCGGAGAACGAGGGUGAGCUGGGCUUCAAAGAGGGCGAUAUCAUCACCCUAACCAAUCAGAUCGAUGAUAACUGGUACGAAGGCAUGGUCAACGGCCAAUCAGGUUUCUUCCCCAUCAACUACGUGGAUAUCCUGGUUCCACUUCCUCAUUAGGCCACCCGCCCCCACCCAAUCUUCACCCCACUUCCUGCCGGGGGCCCCAGCCUCUGCCCCACCUCUUCCCAGCCUCUGCCCAGCCUGUGCCCAGCCUAAUCCACGCCUUCGUCUUUGUGCUUGUGUGAGUGCAACUGCUUUUUCACAAAGAACUACAACUGUGAGGAACAAGGGACUACAAUUGUAUAAGAUUCUGCAAGAAGAAGACGAAGAAUGAGGGAUAAGUGAGCUGGUUGAACCCUAACUGAAGACUGGUGGAAACAGUAGUGAGCUGGUUAUGUAAAGUUGAUUGAGCUGGUUGAACUAACUGAAGACUGAUGGAAACAGUGGGAUGGUUGAACUAACUGAAGACUGGUGGAAACAGAGUAGUGAGAUGGUUGAACUAACUGAAGACUGGUGGAAACAGAGUAGUAACUGAAGACUGGUGGAAACAGAGUAGUGAGAUGGUUAAACUAACUGAAGACUGGUGGAAACAGAGUAGUAACUGAAGACUGGUGGAAACAGAGUAGUGAGAUGGUUAAACUAACGGAAGACUGGUGGAAACAGAGUAGUAACUGAAGACUGGUGGAAACAGAGUAGUGAGAUGGUUGAACUAACUGAAGACUGGUGGAAACAGAGUAGUAACUGAAGACUGGUGGAAACAGAGUAGUGAGAUGGUUAAACUAACUGAAGACUGGUGGAAACAGAGUAGUAACUGAAGACUGGUGGAAACAGAGUAGUAACUGAAGACUGGUGGAAACAGAGUAGUGAGAUGGUUGAACUAACUGAAGACUGGUGGAAACAGAGUAGUGAGAUGGUUGAACUAACUGAAGACUGGUGGAAACAGAGUAGUGAGAUGGUUAAACUAACUGAAGACUGGUGGAAACAGAGUAGUGAGAUGGUUAAACUAACUGAAGACUGGUGGAAACAGAGUAGUGAGAUGGUUAAACUAACUGAAGACUGGUGGAAACAGAGUAGUGAGAUGGUUAAACUAACUGAAGACUGGUGGAAACAGAAUAGUAACUGAAGACUGGUGGAAACAGAGUAGUAACUGAAGACUGGUGGAAACAGAGUAGUGAGAUGGUUGAACCCUAACUGAAGACUGGUGGAAACAGAGUAGUGAGAUGAUUGUGUAAAGAGCCAUAGGUGGAUAUAUAUAUAUCUAUAUACAGUAUGUGUCUAUGGUUGUGCGUACUGUAAUAGGUUCCAAUGUAUUGCAUGCUGGGACAAGCCGUUAAAGGUUGACGUUUUAAAAAGGUUAAUAAAGAAAACUGUUACAUGAUGACGGUUGUAAUGAAUGUUGUUCUGGAGGCAGCUCUGCAGAAUGGUCACCAGCUGGCACAGCCACAAAGUCAUAACAUCUGAGUUUGAACCUAACCUUAAGCACACUGAAAACCUUAAUGCCGAACUUUAAAUUAUAUAUAUAUAAAUAUAUAGCCAAUUUUGACUUUGCAGCUGGUCCAUCUAGCGGAAAUCGUUCAGUUCUGCCUCCAAGGCAAGAUUCACGACAAUAAACGUCAACCUGCGUUGUAAUGAUGAUGAUGACUUUAAGUGACGAUGAUGUUACAGAUGCUUGUUGUUAUAGGCUUGUUGUGUUCUGCUGUGACUGUGUUUCCUAUGUGAUGGGCGUUAUAUCACGAGAGACCUGAUUUCUCUGUCCGAUGGGCGAUGAAGUCAAUAAAGCUGUCCAGUGGUUGUGUCAGUCAAAGACCCUCAAAUGCAUCCCAAAUAGCACUCUAUUCCCUAUAUAUGGCAGUACUUUUGGUUAGACGGGACUGGAGGAGAGUAGCUAGGUUGUUGGACUUAUUCCACAUUGGCUGAUUUUAGUCCUCUGUUGAGAAGAGGGACUAAGUGACUUGAGAUGGACGGAGGUGAGUUCAGUCAGUUUGAUUUAUUUUAUCUUUAUUUAACUAGGGCAAGUCAGUGAAGAACGAACAAAUACUUAUUUACAAUGACGACCUACCCCCCCGGGCCAAACCCGGACGACGCUUGGCCAAUUGUGCGCAGCCCUAUGGGACUCCCAAUCACAGGGCCGGAUGUGAUACAGCCUGGAUUUGAACCAGGGACUGUAGUGACGCCACUCGGGAGCCCAGUUAUCUCUGCCAUACAGCAUUCGACUGUUUCAGAGUAAAAGUCCCCCGUCCCCCCCCACUGGGAAAAGAUGUCAAUUCAACAUCUAUUCCACGUUGGGUUCAAUGUCAUUUUUAAUUGAAAUAGCGUGGACGCAACGUUGAUUCAACCAGUGUGUGCCCAAGCGAGGCCUCUUGUACAUGGUAUGAAGAGACCGAGCGGGCCGGUCUGUUUUACAAGGUCAGGUCUGCGUCUGAAACGGUACCCUAAGAGACCAAUGUAGUCCCCUAUUCCCCCAAUGCUAGACACCCAAAGCACCUGCGCUCUCUCUCUCUCUCUCUCUCUCAGGUUCACAAUAUGGGUGGUAAAGAAUGGUUUGGAGCCUGCUUGCAUCAAAAAUCGAACCCUAUUCCUUAUAUAAUGCAUUACUUUUAACCAGAUUCCCCCCCCCCAAUAGACCCUGGUCAAAAGUAGGGCACCAUUUUGAAUGCACACCCCAGUCUGUUAAGAUCCUACUGAGAUAGGCUGAGCUUUAUACAGCUGUCUGCCUGGUGCAAUUGAAAUGAACACGAAGGGAGACAGAGAGCUGGAUUCAAGCGCAAGGCGCAGAAGGUGUUUUUAUUUGUAAAGGACCACAGGAGGAGGCAGGUAGCUGGGUCCAGGGGCAUGCAGAAGGUCAUACACAGGAGGAGGCAGGUAGCUGGGUCCAGGGACAGGCAGAAGGUCAUACACAGGAGGAGGCAGG